AUGAAGAACUUCAGGAACGCCGUCCUCGGCCUUGUCGGAGCCGCCGCGCUCGCCUCCGCCUCUGAUGUCGAGGAGCUCACUAAGGACACCUUCAACGACUUUGUGGGCACCAACGACCUGGUGCUCGCUGAGUUCUUCGCUCCGUGGUGCGGUCACUGCAAGGCCCUCGCUCCCGAGUACGAGGAAGCCGCCACCCAGCUGAAGGAGAAGAACAUCAAGCUCGCCAAGGUCGACUGCACUGCCCAGCAGGAGCUGUGCCAGGAGUAUGGUGUCGAGGGCUACCCCACCCUCAAGGUCUUCCGUGGCCUUGACUCCAUCGCCCCGUACGCCGGCCAGAGGAAGGCAGAUGCCAUCAUUUCGUACAUGACCAAGCAGUCGCUUCCCGCCGUUUCUACCCUCGCCAAGGACAGCCUCGAGGAGUUCAAGACCGCCGACAAGGUUGUUCUGGUCGCCUACUUCGACAAGGACGACAAGGCUACCAACGAGACCUUCACCGCUGUCGCCAAGGGUCUCCGCGACGAGUACCUCUUCGGUGCCACCAACGACGCCGCCGUUGCCGAGGCUGAGGGUGUCAAGCAGCCCGCCAUCGUCCUGUACAAGUCUUUCGACGAGGGCAAGGACAUCUACACUGAGGCCAUCGAGAAGGAGGCUCUGGAGGAGUUCAUCAAGACCGCUGCCACUCCUCUUGUUGGCGAGGUCGGCCCUGAGACCUACUCUGGCUACAUGAGCGCUGGCAUUCCCCUUGCCUACAUCUUCGCCGAGACCCCCGAGGAGCGUGAGCAGCUCGCCAAGGAGCUCAAGCCCAUUGCUGAGAAGCAGAAGGGCAAGAUCAACUUCGCUACUAUCGACGCUAAGACUUUCGGUCAGCACGGUGCCAACCUGAACCUUGAGGUCGGCAAGUGGCCCGCCUUCGCCAUCCAGGACCCCGCCAAGAACCAGAAGUUCCCCUUCGACCAGGAGACCAAGAUCACCGAGAAGGCCAUUGGCAAAUACGUUGACGACUUCCUUGCCGGCAAGGUCGAGCCCAGCAUCAAGUCUGAGCCCGUCCCCGAGAAGCAGGAGGGCCCUGUCACCGUUGUCGUUGCCAACUCUUACCAGCAAGAGGUCAUUGACAACGACAAGGACGUUCUCCUUGAGUUCUACGCUCCUUGGUGCGGUCACUGCAAGGCUCUCGCCCCCAAGUACGACGAGCUCGCUACCCUCUACGCCAAGAACCCCGACUUCGCCUCCAAGGUUGCCAUCGCCAAGAUCGAUGCUACCGCGAACGACGUUCCCGAUGAGAUCCAGGGUUUCCCCACCAUCAAGCUUUUCCGCGCCGGCAAGAAGGACGAGCCCAUUGAGUACAGCGGCUCUCGCUCUGUUGAGGACCUCGCCAAGUUCAUCGCCGAGAACGGCAGCCACAACAUUGACGCCUACGACGCCAAGACAGAGGAGAAGGCCGACGAGGACAAGCCUAGCCAGGCUCCCGCCGCUACCGAGGAGGCCAAGGAGGGCGUCAAGGAGAAGGUCAAGGAAGCCGCCGAGGCCGUCAAGUCCGCCGUUGUCGAUGAUGAGGACAUUGACGGUCACGAUGAGCUGUAA